AUAUAAAUUUCAUACAGCCUAAAUUGUACAGUGAGACAGUAUAGCCGACGCUAUAUAACAUUAUAGACCUAUGACAACAGAAGUCAUCCAUUGCUGUACAGGGACUCCCACCUGCACUGGAAUUCCAGGCAAACUUCUCACCCACACACAAAGUUUCCAAGAGCUGAUCUUUCACCACAGAGUCCUCGCAAACAACAUCUCCAAACACCUUUUCAAACGCUCGUGCUCAAAAGGAAACUCGAUUGUCACUCGUUUUUGUCCUCCUCGCUGGUAUAUACCUACCAUUGUAAUCCACCCCCAUAUUCUCCAAGUCAAUUCUUCCAACUCGAAUGAAUUUCAAAUGUUGCCUUCAAAAAUCCAACGCGAUGGAAAGCAUAAAACACACAUGCCUUCAAUCCUGAGGUUCGAGUUCCUCCGCGUACUCGAAGUACAGCGCCACCUGUCGGUUCCGACCAAAAGUGCAGCGCCUCCUCUCCUUCCUACUCUCCAAUGUUCACAGCUCGGCCGGAGACCGUCGUCUUCCCGGCUCCAUUUCAACUGGAUUUUUAACACUCCGAACCACCCCAGAUCAGGACAGGACCGCGUCUAAGGUGGAAAAUGUCCAGUGAAAGGCAACGGUCAGAUGAUGAAAGCCCCAGCACCAGCAGUGGUAGUUCUGAUGCAGAUCAGAGAGACCCUCCGGUGCCAGAACCAGAAGAACAAGAAGAGAGAAAACAACCCACGCCUCCACAACAGCAGAAGAAAUCCACCAAACUCUCCAGCAAAACAACAGCCAAAUUAUCCUCCAGUGCAAAGAGAAUCCAGAAAGAGCUUGCAGAAAUCACUCUGGAUCCGCCGCCCAACUGCAGUGCGGGACCCAAGGGUGACAACAUCUAUGAAUGGAGAUCUACUAUCUUGGGGCCUCCAGGCUCAGUCUAUGAAGGGGGCGUGUUCUUUCUGGACAUCACCUUCUCUUCUGAUUACCCCUUCAAGCCACCAAAGGUCACGUUCCGUACGAGGAUCUAUCACUGCAACAUCAAUAGUCAGGGUGUGAUUUGUCUGGACAUCCUGAAGGAUAACUGGAGCCCGGCUCUGACCAUCUCGAAGGUCCUGCUCUCCAUCUGUUCCCUGUUGACGGACUGUAAUCCGGUGAGUACUUCAUAGGGAAGUUAUGGAUUGAAUUGAUGUUCUAGUAAUGGCAAAAUAUGUUUUUCCAGGAACACGUCCCACUUCAUCAUAAAUGAUUUUAAAUAAUACAGACCGGAUCUGGAAAUGAUUGAUCACAUUUCUUAAUUUAGUUUAAUUUUGAAAGUGCUAAUUAAAAUUGAUAGCUUCAUUUGUUCACGUUACAGAUUCAUUACAUUCAUCUUCAUUUUUGUGCUUUUUACGGUCAAGGGUUUUUAUCACAAGUCAAGUAUAAAUAGGCCUUUUUAGACAAAAGGUGUCCUCAUGAUGUUUGUUUCAAAAACAUCUAUGAGGUCCUGUCAGCCGCAUCACCAAAACUGAAUGUUAGCUCUUUUAUUUUCUAUGAAAGCUAUCUCGUUUCUUUCUGCUUUCUCUGCCCUGUCCGAUGUCUCUCUGAAUACUGUUCUCUGUGACUCUUGGGUAUAAAAACGUCUCACUUUCUUCUUUUUAUUCAUUUCUCUUCUCCGUAUCUCAGCGGAUCCUCUGGUGGGGAGCAUAGCUACUCAGUACCUGACCAACAGAGCAGAACAUGACAGGAUAGCUCGACAGUGGACCAAGAGAUACGCCACAUAGACGGAGACCGGCGGCACCUCGAGCCACCCCACCUCCACCCCGGUUUCCCUUUGUGUCCCCCCUCCCCUCCUCCUCCACUCCUCCCUCACCGCGACCCCCCUCCCGCACCCCCAUCACCCGCAGGAGUGUAAAGAUCCAGGAGAGGCAACUUUACAACGUGCAACAAAUCUUUAUAGCCUUUACAAUACGGACUUCUGUGUAUAUGUCAUACUGAUUCUACCCCGUGUUUUUACCCAAUACGGACUGGGAGCGCAGACAGAACCGAGCGCGGUAAAGGCUGCCGGAGUAGAAUUUUGUAGCUGUAGAUUUAGUUCUGUUUAAAAAGCCUUCUUGCAAGUCUUGCUUCUUUGGGAUAUAAAAAUGUAUUUUGUGAUGUAAUAAGGAAAAUGUUCCUAAAGUCAACCAAAUAUUAUGGUGCAUUUUAGCCUAAUUCAUUAUCUGUAUGAAGUCGACGAAAAAAAAGCGAAAAAAAGACUAAAAAAAAGAAAAAAGAGCUGUAGAUUAUUAGAAAUGAUGUCAUUUAUAUGAGACCCACACUCAUUUCCAGUUCUGUGGUACAUGCUGUUGUGAAUCUGUUAUACCUUUGUCAGUUUGUAUUGAAGAGAUCUCAUUGAACGUUUUGUAGCUCAGCUGAAAUGAGCCAUCACUGUAACAUCCCCUCAAACACAAUAAAAAAAAAACUGUUCCCCGGG